UUUCAACUAUGUUUUUGAGGUUUCUACGUGGCUCGAGCCGCACCAAAAUUAUGUGUAUAGCGCAGGGCAGUGUCCAUGGACCCAAGACCCUUCAGCCGCCCCACCCCGCAGUACUUCAACCACACCGCGAGCUGAGCCAUCUGUCCGGAAGGCGACUCCGCUGGAAACUCGCCGUGAUGCAGUUGCUCAGUGGACUGCGGCACCGCUACUGUCUGUGGCGCCUCCGCUGUCUGCUGGGCGGGGCCUUCGACGUGGGCGGAUUCCAGGAGGGCACUCGUCAGGCGGCGGCCACCAUGAUCGAGGCGGUGCACCAAGCGGACUGGCCAUGCAUCCGGAGUUGCUGCACGAAGCGUGGAUCGGCGGACAUCUACGGAUUGUCGCAGGAUCAGCGUCCGUACGGCAGCCUGGUGCGUUUUCAAAGGGAACAUCUGCGACACGCCCUUCCCGUGAGAGUGGUGCGUCGCUGGAUCGAUGGACGUUCCUAUGUCCUCGUGGACAUGCUCUUCGUCGGGCUGCGCAAUCUACUGGACCUGGGGACUGCCCAGGAAAAGGAGGAAAUGGUGCAGCGCAUUCAGACCGUGCUGGCGGACUCGCAGAUCCAAGAGCAGUUCGAUCCCAAACACUGCCGCCUGGUCAUAGCCGAACUAGUGCUCACCUUCUGCAAGGAGCUUGGCGAAUCCGAGGUCGAUUUACGGAAUUCAGCUGAUGAGCGUGAAGAUGGCUGGCUGGUGGACUCCUACGAACUGCACCGCUUCAAACUGAUCAGCUUCAGUCCGAAAACUCUGAGUUUUCGCGUUAUCGAGUUCCCGAAACCGGUUUAGCCGAAGUCACCCAAAAUGUCUCUGUUUUGAAGGUGUUUUUGUUGAAGCACUCAAAGUAAUUGCAGUCACGUGCCGUUCCACUGGUUCAACGUUCGCUCAAACCAAAUUAGCAUUUUAUUUAACCGACUUUGCCAGCGAUCAUCGCGCGACUCUGGUCUGUAAUGAAGUGAUCGGCUUUGAGUGUUACCUGAUAUAUAUAUGACAUUGCUUGGCGAGGUGUGUUAAGAAGCCAGCUAUCACUGUUGUUUUUCGAUAUAUGUGUUAACAAAUUAACUACGUGCUUUAUAAUUUUUUUGUGGUAAUAAACUACUGGUACUAUCUGAAAUGAAAA